CGCCAAUCGCCAAUCGCAUUUGUAAAACUCACCCUAUUGAUUGUUGAAUGGGAGUUUAGCGUCUUUAAGUCAUGCCCCUUCGAACUCUUCUAGAGCCACCCUAACACACUUCAACAACAAGAAGUCAAGUCAUAAAUAUUAAAUCAUUAUUAUUUAAUUAAGUAAUUAUUAUAAAGGCAUCAAUGCCUUCCUCAGCAGUUCGCAGGCUCGCUAUGGCAGCAGCAUCCAGCUCCCUCUCACUCAAGCAGGGGCUCUUACUUCGCCCUUCGCAUACCAAUCCUCUCACCCGACCUCGUCCUUCUUCCACUUCCCUCCCUUCCAGAAGCUUCCGCAGAUGCUACGCCGCUUUCGCCAACGAGAAUCGCGAGUACGUCAUCGUUGGGGGCGGAAAUGCCGCGGGAUAUGCUGCUCGCACCUUCGUCGAACACGGCAUGGCCGAUGGUCGUCUUUGUAUUGUCACCAAAGAGGCAUAUGCGCCUUACGAGCGUCCUGCACUCACAAAAGCGUAUUUGUUUCCACCGGAUAAGAAGCCUGCGCGCCUUCCUGGUUUUCACACCUGUGUUGGAUCGGGUGGAGAAAGGCAGACUCCAGAGUGGUAUCAAGAGAAGGGGAUAGAGAUGUUGUACCAAGAUCCAGUCAAGGAUAUUGAUAUUGAAAAGCAAACUUUGACAACUAAUUCUGGAAAACAUCUGAAGUAUGGCUCACUUAUAAUUGCUACAGGGAGUUCAGCCUCGAGAUUUCCGGAGAAAAUUGGGGGAAACCUACCUGGCGUUCACUAUAUCCGGGAGGUUGCAGAUGCUGAUGCACUGAUUUCAUCAUUGGGAAAAGCAAAAAAGGUUGUAGUUGUUGGAGGUGGAUAUAUAGGAAUGGAGAUUGCUGCUGCAACAGUUGCUUGGAAACUUGAUACAACAAUCAUAUUUCCCGAGGAUCAUCUCUUGCAAAGACUGUUCACUCCUUCGCUUUCCCGGAGAUAUGAGGAACUCUACCAAAAGAAUGGUGUCAAAAUAUUGAAGGGUGCCUCCAUAAAAAAUUUGGAAGCUGGCUCUGACGGACAUGUAGCUGGUGUCAAACUUGGAGAUGGAUCUGUUGUAGAAGCUGAUACGGUAAUUGUAGGCAUUGGAGCAAAACCUGCUGUGAGUCCCUUUGAGCGGGUGGGCUUGAAUACAGAAGUUGGUGGAUUACAGGUUGAUGGUCAGUUCCCACCUGAUGUCUUUCCGAAAACUGGACAGAUAUAUAACCGUACUGCUCGAGUGGAACAUGUAGAUCAUGCUCGUCGCUCAGCACAGCACUGUGUAAAAUCAUUACUCACUGCACAAACUCACACGUACGAUUACCUUCCAUACUUCUACUCAAGGGUGUUUGAAUAUGAAGGGAGCCCCAGAAAAGUAUGGUGGCAGUUCUUCGGAGACAAUGUCGGAGAAACAGUUGAAAUUGGAAACUUUGAUCCUAAAGUAGCUACCUUCUGGAUUGAAUCUGGUAAGCUAAAAGGAGUGCUGCUUGAAAGUGGGAGCCCUGAGGAAUUUCAGCUCCUGCCUAAACUAGCCAGAAAUCAACCCGUAAUUGAUAAGGCGAAGCUUCAAAGCGCAUCUUCUGUGGAGGAGGCCCUAGACAUUGCUUGGAGAUCCUUGCAAGUUGAAGCUACAGUCUAAUACAGAUCUUGGCAAUUCCACUCUGCUGUAACUGCUUUUCAGCGCUAAGAUUACCGGCCAUCAAAAUCAUCCUAGUAGAGAGUAGGGGCCGUCCCUUUGAGAGGAAAUAAUUUUCGUGGUAUUCUCAUCUUGGUCACGACGAGCUGAAUGUCUCCUUUGGAUAUGAUCCGCUGCCAUUUGGGUCUAUGUAACAACAAUAAUUUCUUAAUAAUUCAAUACUUUGGAUAAAGUAUAUUUUUGUUCUCGAAGUUUGAUAAAAAUUUUAAAAAUAUUCCUAAGUUUUAUUUUGUUUUAAUUAUGUUCUAAAAGUUUUCAAUUUACAUCAAAUAUACUCUUUGACUACUAAAUUUUCAAAAAAAUUUAAGACCAAUCUAAUAAUAAUGUAUGAAAAUUAUACUUGAUUUACUUGUGUUGAGGAUUGUUUUUAUGAAAUUGUUUUUGAAUUGGUCUUAAAUUUUUUGAAAAAUUAGCCGUCAGGGGUAUAUUUGAUGCAAAUCGAAAGCUUUUGAAACAAAAUUAAAACAAAAUAAAAUUUAGGGUAUUUUUAAAAUUUUUGUCAAACUUUAAGGACAAAAAAUAUACUUUAUCUCAAUACUUUUGGUCAUUAUAUACCCACAAAUUCCCCCUUCUCCCUUGGGACAUGGGGGAAGGUACACUUCUUGCAAGGUAGAUAUCAUCACCACAGGGUUACUGUUAGCAGAUUAGCCUUAUUCAAAUUUCAUGGUUGUUAGAAACAA